AUGCACAUGUUCACAAACAGUCUUCUCCAGCUCGCCUGGUGGAAGACCCUACUCACCCCUGACAACUACUCACACGACAAGAUCCCGGAUCUCACAGGAAAAGUUGCCAUCGUUACUGGCGCCAAUUCGGGACUUGGGUAUGCAACAACCGUCGCCUUGGCUGCACAUGGAGCUCGCGUUUUCUUGGCCUGUCGUAGUCGAGAGCGAGCUCAGGAAGCGAUUGACAAUGCCACGGCCGAGAUCAAGGCCAAGUACCCCAACGCACCCACCCCUCAGCUCGAAUUCUUGGAAUUGGAUCUGAACGACAUGAACAAGUCUCACCUGGCAGCACAGGAGUUCCUCAAGAAAGGUCUGCCUUUGCAUAUCCUUGUUAACAACUCCGGCAUCAUGAAUUUCCCCUUCGCCCUCAGCGCCGAUGGCAUCGAGACUCAGUUCGCUGUCAAUCACAUGGGUCACUUUGUCUUUACAAUGGGUCUCCUCGACAAGAUCAAGGAAUCUCAACCAUCCAGGAUCGUCAUUCUCUCUUCUAUCGCCCAUGAAAUGACACCCCCCUCGAUGGGCGGCAUCGACUUCGACACCCUCAAUGACUCCACAAAGAUCGAUAACUGGGACAGAUACGCCCGCUCGAAGCUCGCCAACGUCCUGUUCACCAAGGCUCUGGCCCGUCGACUCGCCAAUGAAAAGGUGUGGGUCAAUGCUGCACACCCCGGUACAGUCAACACCAACUUGAGCAGGAGCGUCAAGGUCUCUAUGGGCAAGACUUUGAGAAUGCUGACGGAUGUUUUGGCUACGACACCUGAAGUGGGGGCAUUGACGCAGUUGUAUCUGGCGACGAGCCCUGAGGUCGAGAACAAGGAUAUCCGUGGACGCUAUUUUAUCCCCAUUGCCAAUGAGAUCCAACCUAGUGCCGAAUCCAGAGACGAAGAGUUGCAAGAGAAACUGUGGACGUUCAGUGAGAACCUCGCUCGCGAGAAAGUCAAGGUCUAG